AUGCAGUACAAGUCUCUCGCCACUCUCCUCUUUGCCAGCAUGGCACUGGCUGCACCAGCCGACAAGGAUAAUCUAGCCGAGGACCUGAACACCGAGUACGAAUUCCCUCCCUCCAUUAUCGCGGUUAUCGCAACAGGCGUCCCAACCUCAUUCUGGGCCGAAGUCACGAACACCGCCGACUUCCUCUCUCAGGUUGAGCAAGGCAUCGUUUCCGAUAACUGGCCGACCUGGUACAGCAGUUUCCCCGACAGUGUGAAGGAGUAUGUCACCACCGCCGUUGAGGACUACUAUCCUUCCUGGGCAUCGUCCAUCUCAGACGAGAUGACCAGCUCUGCUUCCGCUUCAGAGUCUGGCGCUGCCAGCUCCUCUACUGUUGAUGCUGGUGCUGCCCCUACUGGUGUUGCUAUGAGUCUCGCUGGUGCUGUGGGUGUGCUGGGUCUUGCCCUCGCUCUGUGA